UCCACCUAUUCAGAAGUCAGCGGCAGUCUCAUUACCUGGUCCUGGACCUUCAGAUGAUGGUGCCGCUGAGAAAUCACCUACUCAACCCAAAGCAAUCCAGACCCAAAGCAAUCUUUCACCAGAAGAGGAUUACCCCUUCGUUGAGAAGCAAUCAGAGGAUUUCUUCUGUCCAGUGACGUUCGGUCUACUGCUCCAGCCUCACCUCACAUCAUGCUGUGGUAAACAUCUCUCAGAGGAGUCUGCCACCAGAAUACAGGGAGAUGGAGGACGAUGUCCACUCUGCAAGUCACCUGACUGGAGUACUCUGUUGGACAAACAUGUCCGUCGACAAGUGAAGGAGCUUCAUGUGUUCUGUCGUCACAAGGAGAAAGGCUGUAGGUGGAAAGGAGAGUUGUCUGACUUUACACAACAUGUCCAGUCUUGCCAGUUCAGAUAUACACAAGUUUCUACCCAGGUUUGUACAACAGGAGGGAAGGACAGAGCUCCACGAUGCUGCUGAGAGAGGAGACGUUGAGGCAGAUCAGGGACUCCUCUCCACUUCUGUCAAUAUCAACUCCAGGACUGAGGAUGUGAGGCUUUCUACCAGUGAAUGUGUAGUCUCAUUUCUGACUCAGUUCAUUGACUGCUGCUCCACUGGUCUCUGUAUCCCCACCACUUGCAGGAAGGAGACACUGCUCUACUGGUAG